CGGCGUCCGCGGUGGUUGUUGAUUCUGGAUAACUUUUUUUUUUUUUUACACUUUUCGGGUGUAGCUCAAAUAAACUUUUUUUUUCUGCCGCCUGGCGCCGACUUUGCUUUAUCAGCUUACAUAAUCAUGUCUGUUCAUGCUCAGUUAAGGCGGAUUCAGUGAGAGACCCCAGCAAUAAUUAAAUAUUUUGCUCCAGGCAACGAUGUAUACCCUAUAAAAACUGCCACAGACUGCUCACUGCGCUAGAAAUCUCGCUCAUACUCAUGUCCUUCGUCCUUUUCAUGCUUCGAUAAAAAAGUUUGGAAAUGCAGUUAUCUAUUACGUAAUCAUAGCUUUACGCUGCUGACAUAAGCCAUUCAACUUACCGCGCGUUUCGUGGACAGUCUCUAUCAAUCUCCAAGCUUCAAUACACAAACUACGUACCAACACCGAUUUCCAUGGCAGGCACCUCUACCGGCGGGUCUCUCAAGAGAUCUCACCAGCUCGACGAUGAGGGCACCUCUCAGAAGAGAUCGCGCUCGAAUAAUGGGUCUCCAGCACCCCAAACACCUCCCCCGAAAGUCGAUAUGGCGAAGGCGAUUGCAGAAGCCAAGGCAAAGGCAGAAGCUGUUCGUGCUAGACUUAACGCUCAGGGGACAGGAGGAGCUGCCUCAUUACCUACGGCGGGUCCUUCGGCACAACAAUCUGGAGGAGCAUCGCCGGCUAUGUCUAGGCUUGAACAAAUGAAAGCAAGAGUUGCGGCAGCUACUGGGAAGCUAAAUACUUCUGCGGCUAACCCGCCCCAAUCUGCCCCCAGUUUUGCUCCCAUUCCUCCUUCUCCGGCUAAUGAUGAUAGUAUGAUGAGGGCAAGAGGGGGACUGGAUGUCGGUUUGCAUCCUGCACUCCUUGGAGACAGCGGGCAAGACAGUAGAACCACAAAAGGGAAACAAGCCAUGCAGCCGAAAUUUGCAACAACUAUGGCGAACUUUCGAUCUGAGUCCUUUACUCCACCUAGUCGAGGGAAAACGCCUCUUGAUUUAUCUGGGCCAUCCAUAGAAGAAACUAGGAAUAACCCAUAUUUUGAUCCCAGCUUUGGCUCCAAGUCUGUAGCCGCACGACCCCGUCACACGCGCCAGCUUAUCUUUAAUCAAAAGGGGAAAUAUAUCCAACAAGCUGCAGCUCUGAGACGGCAGGCCCAGCUCGAAGCUAUGAAAAAACGGAUUGCAGAGCGAGCUCGGCAGGCCGGUAUAGAUGAAGACCUCGAUGUUGAAAAAUCCUACCUUGUGGCUGCACCUCCGGCAAUUGAAUGGUGGGAUGAAGGGCUCGUAAAUGGAACGGAUUAUACUGCAACCGACGAUCCCAGCAAGCUGAAGAUUGAAACUCCAGAUUCAGUCAUUACGAUAUAUAUACAACACCCAGUCCUUCUCGAACCCCCGCAAGACAAGAAUAUACCCGCUCCGAAACCCAUGUACCUGACCCCCAAGGAACAAGCAAAGAUUCGUCGACAACGACGUAUGGCGGAUCUUAAAGAACAACAAGCUAAGAUCCGUCUUGGAUUGGAGCCUGUACCCGCUCCGAAAGUCAAAAAGUCAAAUCUUAUGAGAGUUCUGGGUGAGGAUGCAGUCAAGGAUCCUACUGCUGUUGAGGCUAGAGUCAACCGUGAAAUUGCUGAGCGUGCACAAAAACAUCAGGACGCCAACGAAGCUCGAAAACUCACAAAGGAGCAACGGCAUGAGAAAUUGGCGUCAAAGCAAGAAUUGGAUGCCGCCAAGGGUGUGUGCGUGUCUGUCUACCGCAUUGACAGUCUUGCAAAUGGCCGCCACCGAUUUAAGAUCAACAAGAAUGCAGAACAGCAUGCACUUACUGGCAUCUGCAUCAUGCACCCCAAGCUCAACAUCGUGAUUGUAGAGGGGGGCGCCCACUCUAUCAACGCUUAUAAAAAGCUGAUGUUAAACCGCAUUGACUGGACCGAAAAUUCAGGUGCCAACUCCGUGCGAGAAGGUAACCGUGAAGCGCUGACUUCUUGGCUGGCUGCGGAAGAUGAGAAGGGAGAACUCAAAGACUUGAGUCUAAAUACCUGUACAUUAAUCUGGGAGGGGGAGGAAAAGAACCGAGCGUUUAGGAAAUGGGUUGGAGCUCGAGUAUGCGAGACUGAUGGCGCAGCAAAGGAUCAGCUAGCAAGGGCAAAGAUGGAGAAUUUUUGGGCUCUAGCAAAGAGUAUGAAACCUACAUAGCUAUUUUUGUGGAAACCCGGUGCUUGCAGUUGUACCAUAUACUCGUGCCUUCGCGCAUACCCCUAUUGGGUACGCCUCAUCAUAUGAAAUUACCACUGAUUAAUACCAAAUUUAUAUAGGGAGGUAUAUCAAGGUAAACUCUAUAUCUUAACUACUAUAAGUAUAAUAUUUCCUCUAGAUAUAUAAUAGGGUCCUCUUU